CGUAUCGUGAAAAUUUCUUUACAAGUUUUUCUUCCGGUGGGAAAUAAAAAUUGUGUAAAUUUCUUAAAUCUGGCCAACAGCUUCCCAAUUUAAUACCUUCUCAAUCCCUUUUGAGAGUUCGAACAAGUGCUGUGUGUAUUUCGAUUAACCUAUAUUAACCAUGAAGGUUAAUAAUGCGGGCGAAUAUACGCUGGCCGAGAUCGAGGUAGAGGUCGACCACCAAUUAAACCCCGACGACCUGCAACCUGGAGCCACGGUGCUAGCAACCAACGAUAGUGGUGGAGGCUUUCAGCAGAUUGUUAGCCAUGAGGAUCUGUCUAGAUUCUUUACCGUUGCGCCAGGGAAUGCAAUUCCAAUGCCCACAGAUGUGGUAGUGGAAAGAACCCUGGCGGAUCCGGCUCUCAAGCAGAUCCUGCAGGAAGCUGACGGGAAGACCGGGUUUGACCCUCAAGCAGAGCAAUUGAAGAUUCGCGACUUUUUGGCCGGGGUUACUAGCAACAAGAUCACGGAGAAAUCCGCGCCUCAUGGAUCGCGUUUCACUUCGUCUGCGGCCACUAUCAACCGGAAACAGUGUCCACAAUGUCUAAUUUAUUACGAGCCCGUAGCCUUUCAAGGCCACACUUGCGAGGGGGAGAUCAAUCGAAAAAAAGUUGAAGUGCCCGCUCCCCAGCAGGAGAAGCCCCUUCCAGUCCCCACUAUCUGUGCUCCUCCCGCUCCGCCCACCAAACCGAGUAGCGAGCGGGUCAUUCUUGAGAACCAAGUGCGCCUGCGUCGCUACAUGAAGGACGAAAUGAAGUACGACCUGACCACUGGCAUCGACAGCUCGCGCAGCAGAAAGUCAAUAAAGGGUCCCAACGAAUGCACGAUGUGCGAUCGUAAGUUUGUGCACGCUUCUGGAUUAGUGCGACACAUGGAGAAACAUGCUCUUGAUUUGAUCCCUGCCCAGACCAGCUUGCAACCGCAUACGGUUCCGGCUGCUGGCCUCCAUGUCGUGGUAAAGUGCAACGCCUGUGGUCGCAUCUUCUAUGAUCCGCAGGUGGCUUUCGAGCACGGCCUAAUUCACUAUCCGGAUCAUUCUUUAAGCUGUAAAACUUCAGAGAAUACAUCCACUGCUCAAAGAGAUUUCAAGGAGCUAUUGCUGGAAGGGGAGAUGUUGCUGGGAGGAGAAGUCACAGUAACAGCGACCAUACAAAAUGGUAAUCGAAGGGAAAAUGACCUCUUUACCACUCUGAUUUUGGGCAGCGUAUUGCAGUGCGAGUUCUGCGAGUACAUCUUUGCUGAUAUAGCAGAACUCCUCGUUCAUUCGGCUUCCCAUGUGGCUGAGCGGCGCUUUGAGUGCAACGCCUGCGACAUCCAGAUGAACACGGCAAAGGAGGCCAGCAUCCACUUCCAGACAGACUGCAUCUUCAUGAGGGAGGCAAUCAGGUCAUUAAAUGUCACCCUGAGUCGACAUUUUGUGUGCAAUGUGUGCGAGCUAAAGUUCGCGAAUACAGAUUUGCUCCAGGAGCAUCGGUAUACCUCCUAUCAUUAUUUUCCGCGACUCAGCGAAAAUGGUGAGAAACUGCUGCUUCCCUGUGAAUUCUGCGAGGUCAACUUUGAGUUCGCCCAUGAGAUCUUGGCGCAUAACGAGGAGAAGCACCUGAACAAGAAGAAACGCGAAAAAGAGACCCGCAACACGGGCUGUGGUCGCCUGCGUCAAUACCUCUGCGACAUCUGCGGAAAGUCGUACACCCAGUCAAGCCAUCUGUGGCAGCACCUGCGCUUUCACCAGGGUGUCAAGCCUUUCGUAUGCCAAGAGGAAAAUUGCGACAGGAAGUUCACGAUCCGUCCAGAUCUAAAUGACCACAUCCGCAAGUGCCAUACCGGUGAACGACCAUAUCUCUGUUUGGUGUGUGGCAAACGCUUUUUGACUGGGUCGGUCUUCUAUCAGCACCGUCUAAUCCAUCGCGGUGAGCGGCGUUACGAGUGCGAGGAGUGCGGCAAGCGAUUUUACCGGGCAGAUGCCCUCAAAAACCAUCAGCGCAUACAUACCGGAGAAAAGCCGUACAGCUGCCUAUUUUGCACUAAGACUUUUCGGCAGCGCGGUGACCGGGACAAGCAUAUCCGAGCCCGGCACUCCCACCUGGACGCCAACUCGCGCCUCAUGAUGCAAAUGCAGAAGUUCCAGCUAGAGACGGCUGCAGCUCAGAAGGCUCAGAAACAUCCCGACCAACAGGAAAGUGGUGCCAGUCCCUGUGACGUGUCAUCUGACUCCAGACCCAGAACGGACACUGGUGAUCCAGAAAUGCAGUAUUCAGUCGUGCCAUCAGAACAGCAGGAGGGAAUGAUGUGCUUGCCAAUGGACGAGGUGAACAACGGUUUCCUAAUGUCGCACUAUAUGCAGGCUGUUCCCAUGGAAUCGCAUGACUCGGAACAACAGAUAAUUGUCUUCGAAGAGCCCGUCCAGGAUAUGGAAAUGAUGAGGAUUUUUGAACCACAACAAAAUCAAGAACAAAUGCAAGACGGCAGCAUGCCAUUAUUGUCAUCUGGCGAAAAUGCCAGGGUUGUGGUUGUAAAAAACAAUCCAUCUCUACCGUUAUUUUCGGAUACCUAUAUCUAGUAGUUCACUUAGAAUUCAAAUAAAGCGCCAGAGGUUAAAGCGUUGCCAUACUGUACAAUCACAUCGUUGCCAUUUUGUCGAUAGUCAACACGUACAAUCGAUAAAAGAUGAUCUGUUUUGCAAAAAUAUCGCCGAAUCGAUAGUGCCACCCCCAGCUAUGUGUGCCAUCCCUAGUU